UAUCAGCGCCCAGAUGCGGGGUCGCGGCUGCUGAUUGGUCGCCAAGGAGGAAGAUGCGACGGCAAUGGAGAAUGGACUGUGGACUAUUCAAAGCGUCCUACUGAUGGGAAUAAUACUGUGAAAUGAUUUCCACGCAUUGACUCGUCUCGAUGGAGCUGAUGCCACGGCUGCUCUCCUUGUAGGUGCUGCUGUGUGAAGGAUGCACGAGCGAUGUCUGAUGUUGAGGCCACGUAUGCAGACUUCAUCGCCUCCGGCAGGACGGGACGCAGGAACGCCAUGCACGACAUCCUGCAGAGUCCCACCGACCCCGAGGGCCGAGGGCUGCCCCUCACCCUGUCUCUGUCCCAGCUGCACAUCAACGCGGGAGGGGGAGACGGAGGCGACACCGAGGACAGCCAGAGCUCUUCCUCCGCGUCCCACAGGGAGAUGGGGCAGAGGAACAGCUAACCACUCACACACUCCUGCCUGUGCACAGAGAGCUGUGGGACGGAUUCCAGCCGCCGGUGCGAUGGAAGUCCAAACCGGGCUGGUUGUCGGAGGGUAGCACCACCGCUGCUGACGUGCCCAUGAGCAGGGCGCUGACCCCCCCCCCCCCCCCCCCAAAUCCACUGUUGAGGCGCUGUGCUGCAAUGUGAUCACUCAGUGCUCUCAUGUGGCUCUGCUGUGCACUAGAAUAACUAGAUUGUUGGCAGGGGUGUAUUUCAGAGUGGGAGGAAGCGAGAGAGACAAACAUGUAGCUCAUGUACACAUGAUUUUACUUUCAGUCUUAGUUCCUAAACACACAGGCUGGAUGAUGGGAAUGCAAAGAGGACAUAAAGAGACACCCUGUGUGAGUUUUGUAGUCGCGCAGGCAAUUUGUGAGACCACUGAGACGUGCUGAUGUAAUGGAUCACAGUGGAAGUAGUAUGUUUGUAGUGGUGCUGGUAGAGAUUACAUUGCCAGGUAAUGGCUUGUGCUUCCUUUAAAUUGACAACACUGUAGAGAGAAUUGGACCGCUCGGCUGUAGCGAAGCUGGAAAGCGCAGAGAAGAAAAACACCGGGGCUCGGUUACUUUGGCUGUUAACGGGGCGAUGGGUAAAAAAAGACAUCCUGUACUGUUGGAAGCAGCAGACUUGUAUUUGGUGUGACAGUCUUCUAUUGACCCACAAUACUCAAUAAUACAUUUACAGUCCGUACAGUAUGGAUGGCGUUGUUCAAUGGCUCAGUGGUUAGAAUAAGAAAUGAUGAUGGUACACUGUCUUUUGAAAUGUUGAUACUUGUUUUUUUUAACUUUUCUAAUGAUGCCAUUAUAAUCACAACCGAGUAGUAGUUAGAAGUUUUGGGAAGAUGGGCUUAUUGGCUUUUUUUUUGUCGGAGAGCUAGGAGACGAUCGAUGCCGAUCUCAUGUCUGUUGGGG